CCCCGCUCCCUCGCCGCAGCCGCCUCCUGCUCCGGCGCCGCAGCUGCCGCUCGCCUGCCUCCCCAAGCUCCCCGCUUCCUCAUAAAAAUCUUUGAUUUCCCCAGCUUAAGCUCGACGACCCACGCGCCACCAGAGGAGGAGGGAACCGAGGUCGGCGCCCCUGCCAAUCUCCACAGCCUCCAGCGACCAACCCCAUCUCCUGCCCCCUGCAACUGGUCCUGCCAGUACGCCGCUUCCGCCGCCGGUGAAUGCCCUCCGCAAGGACUGCGCCUAGCCCCUCUGCUCCGGCGCUCCUCGGCCGUCCCUGGCCCUCUGCCUGGUCGCCAGGGACGUGCUGCUCCGCGCCUGCUCCAGCCGGGGGCCGCCGCCCGCCACGCCGGCUCUGGCCCUUUGCUCCGACCAAUCCCGGUGCUGCUCGCCUGCUCGGCCGAACUCUGUCGCCCAAGACUUGCUGUCAACAAACUGCAAGCAGGCUGGGACAAGGGACAAUUGGCUUCUUCAAGAAGGUAGAAGACGCCGUCCACCCUGUGUCACCGUCGCCAGAAGGUAGAAGACGCCGUCCACUCCUGUUCAGCCACUGCACCAUCGUCCAGCACCUCAAGGCCGACAUCGCCUGGAGCUCCUGUUCAAGAUUUCAGAUCCAGAGAUGAGUACUGAAACUACUUGAUGCUAAGAUUCAGACUGAAGUUACUGUCAAAACUGUCAAUUUUCUCCUUGAUGUGAGCAUUUAUAGUUUGAUCCAGAGAUUCAGCCAAAUUGUCCAUUUAACAGAAGUUAGGUUCAUAACUGAUCCCUAGCUAUCAAAAUUUAGUUAAUCAAACUGUAAUAAAUUGUCCAUUUAACAAAACUUAGGUUCAUACCUGAUCACUAACUGACAAAACUGAGAAGUGUACUCCUGGAGUACUCCUGCUUGGAAUAUUUUCCAUUUUGAAACUAAGAUCUGCUUGGAGCAUUUUCAGUUUGCAAAACUGUAGUACAGCAAAAGUGUAUUUUCCAUUUUCAGUUUGACAAAUUUCACCUAAUCCAG